UUCUGUUCAGUUUCACUUUCCCUCUGCUCCAGCCUCAGAUAUUUGGACCCCUUUAAGGUCCAAAAACACACUGCAGAAACAACCCACUCUCAGUCCAUUUUAAACUGCUGCCCCUGGCUCAGCUCUAGGGAAUCCUGGGAACUCUUGAGCCUUCUCUGGAUCUACAAUGAACUCCCAUAUCCAGGUUUCCCUAACACUGAUCCCUGAGGGCAGUUAAAAGCAGUCUCAAAGAGGGUUGUUUCUGCAAGGUGAAGAAGGCCUUCUGCCAUGCCAGAGACGAUCCCCGAGUGCCUUCUCAUUUUGGAGCAGCUCAGGGAGGAUGAGCUGGACCAGUUCAAGAGGGAGCUGGACAAGCUCAUCUUUCCAAAGGCCUUCUCUGACCCUGCCAUGCCCUGGAUGAGGCAGGAGCCUCUGGGUGCCAAGGAACACAUCACUACCCUGCUCAAAUUUGGUGAAGAGCACUGGUCCCUGGAGAAGGCCAUCCAUGCGCUGAGGGCCAUCCACCGCCCGGACCUGGCCCACAAACUGGCUGUCCGCUUCGACAUAUACGCGGAAAAGAAGAACCCAGAAGAAUUAGAGAGAUGUUUUAGGUGCCUUCAGUAUCUAAGAAAGGAUCAUGCAAUAAACAUCAGACCUGAAACGAUUUUGGAUCCAGAAAGGGGCUACAAUAUUUACAGACUGAAAUGCACUAAGAGAGGCUCCUUCCAUUGCUGCAUUACUGAUUUCAUAUUUGAUGUGAGAGCACCUGUCACCCUCACCUAUCAUUUUGAUUCAUGGACAAAGCAUCUGAAUGCAGAGCAAAGAAAACACUGGCUCAUUGUUGGCCCUUUGCUUGAUAUUCAGGCAGAUCCAGAAGAAGCUAUAAAAGCAAUUCAUAUUCCUCACUUCCUGUGUCUUCAAGAUAAAGACCACGCUGACAUCCGUAUUGCACAUUUUGUGAAAGAAGGAAUGAGCUUGGAGAGGCCAGACAGAGUGGAAUCAUUUCAUGUGAAGUUGAAAAACCCCACUUUCUCUCCGCGUGGAGCUGUUCUCAGGAAGCCAUUGUUGAAACAGAAGAUAAAGGCCCAUGCAGUGGCCCUGCUGUAUCAAGACCUUCGAGUCCCAAUCCUGAAAUUCCACCUCUACCUCCUUCCCAAUGAUUCUUCCCUGAAAAAGGCUGUCCAUGAGCAUGAACUGAAUUAUAAUUCACAGAGAGUUCGAAAACCCCCUGCGACCAUGAAGGCUCUGACUAUUGGCUCCCACUUCUUUCUGAAAAAGAUUGUUGGUAUGACUAUCCAUCCAGAGAAACUAAAGUUUAAAUACCUGUCUGGAGACAUGGAGCAUCAAUACCUUGAAUUAUUUGCAGAUCACAUGGAAGAUGCACUACGGCUUUCCCUGGUUGAGAAGAAAAAAAAUAAAUCAGUUUGGUCAGCCUACAUAAGAAGAGAGGAGUUGCAUCCUGUAAAACCUGCUGCUGCCAACAGACAAACCCACACAUCACUCACAGAAGCUCAUGUUACCCCAGAAACAACUGAGAAAUGUCAGCCUAGUUCACCAGGGAUGCACUUCAUUGAGCAGCACCGGGAGAAGCUGAUAGGACGGACCAGCAAUGUAGAAGGAGUCUUGGAUAUGCUUUAUGGGACCGUCAUAGAUCGGGAGCAAUACCAAAAAAUCCUCUCCAGGAGCACUCCCCAGGAUAAAAUGCGGGAGCUCUAUAUGCUGGUGCCAAGCUGGAAUCGCUUCUGCAAGGAUCAGCUUUAUGAGGCAUUGAAGGACAAGCAGAAGUUCCUUAUUGAAGACCUUGAAGGGAGAUGAGGCCACAAAUGACCAAAUGAAGCCACAAAUGAUACCGCCAAAUGCCUGUCCUGUUGUGGCCUCAGUGCUUUUGUUCUUAUUCAUGAACUUAAUGGGACACAAAGCACAAAUGUUGUGAAUCUGCACAGAACAGCAGUUGCUAUUGCCUGACCUGCAUUGUCUUGCUUUCUUGGCUUUGAUGCUCUUGAAGAGCCAUGGGGCCACAAAAGGAAAGUGCUAUUUCCCAGAAAUCCAGAUGCAUAUCCAGAAUGAUUUCAAUGCUUCCACUUGUAUUUUACAGAAAGACAGAAUCUGCAGGAAGUUGUGUUUGCUGCUCAGCCCAAAGUCAUUUCCUGUUCAAAAAAAGCCUCUGCUGAGCCAGUAUGUUGGUUUGUGCAUUGGGUUACGAUUAUGAACUCCAGGGUUUGAAUCCCCCCUUUCACUCAGCCAUGGAAAGCCAGCGGGUGACCAUGGGCAAGUCACAGUCUCUCAGCCUCAGAAGAAGGCAAAGUCAACCCCCCUCUCAACAAACCUUGCCAAGAAAACCUAGUGACAGAUUCAUCCUAGGGUUGCCAUAAGUUGGAAACAACUUGAUGGCACAUAACCAAAGGGAUUAAAAUGGUCUGGGAGAAAGAGGGAAAUAUGCUAAAAAUGUAUUCUCACACAGCCUAGGAGCAUUCUGGGACUUUCCCACCAGACAUUGGGGGAAGUCUAAAGACAUUGCAGACCAUACUUCCCUCUCCACAGAAUUAAGGUAUAAUUUGGCUUGUUCUCAAGUGGCUUCAUCCCUCCAUUCAGUUGGUGUCAGUUUAGGCAUCUUGACCUCCCUCCAGAGAGUCCUGGCCUGAUCUGUUCUAGAAACCAUUUGUUUGCCUUCUUGGCCGUCCGUGGUUUUCUUAGUACUUUUCUCCAGUUGUUGUUGUUGUUAACUGCAUUUGGUUGGCUCUGACUCAUAUUGAGGAGGGAGCAAGCUUGUUUUCUUCUGCUCCAGAGAACAGGACCCAGAACAAUG